AUGGCGUUCAGUGCACCGUUUUUAGCACCUCAAAUGGAUUGGGAAACUAACGACUCGAUCUUAGCGUUUGGUAAAUUCAAGCAAAAAUGUGAGCUGAUGUUCAAAAGUAUACUCAAAGACGCUGAAGGAGAAGAACAAGUCAGCUAUAUCCUUCUAUGGGUUGGCGAGCAAGGUCUCGACAUCUACAACAGUUGGACAUUUGAAGACGUAAAAGACCAAAAAGACCCAGCGAAGAUUCUCGAUAGAUUUAUGGAACAUUUGGAGCCACGGACAAAUCAUCGAAUUCACAGGUUACUUUACAAGGUAUGCGACAAGACCAAGGUGAGUCAAUCGAUAAUUUUAUUGCCAAGAUUAAAAAUAUCGCAGCUAAAUGCAAGUUUAAUGGCAAUGAAGAAAUCGAGGACAGAUUAUUAG